UUGAAAUAUUAUGGAUAUUAGUGCUUUUGAUAAUUUCUGAGCUGAAAAACCAUGAAAACCCGACCAGGAACUUCCUGAGAAGGAGAAAACUAUUGAAACUGCAGGAGCAGGUCCUAAUUCUGAGUCUGAAGGCUGAGAUAAAAUGUCUAUUUCUCAUGAUGGAUCCCAAGAUGAUAAAAAUGAUACUGAAAAGCCUCCUUCAGAAGAUAGCAAGGAUGCAGAAAUGGAUAGUGAAGAAAAUAGUGAGGUUGAAGUUCAAUAUGAUUUAAAACCUUGUAGCGGAUAUAACCCAGAUGAACUAGAUGUCAUAUCAAAGGUAUAUGACAACUGUAUUCACGAACAGAUUUGCCCAAAGGGGUUUAAAAAUAGAGAAAUUGAUCCUGACAAGCCUAGAUCAAAGGAGUAUAAAUUCACUCUGGAUAACUUCCAGGAAGAAGCAGUCAAAAGUAUUGAAAGACAAGAAUCAGUGUUGGUUGCAGCACAUACAUCAGCAGGAAAGACAGCUAUUGCUGAAUAUGCGAUUGCUUCAGCAUUAAAGAACAAUCAAAGAGUGAUCUAUACCUCUCCGAUUAAGGCAUUAUCUAACCAGAAGUUUAGAGAUCUCCAAGAAGAAUUUGAAGAUGUGGGUUUAAUGACUGGUGAUGCCACUCAAAAUGAGAGUGCUGGCUGCAUUGUCAUGACAACUGAAAUCUUAAGAAGCAUGCUCUACAGAGGAUCAGAAAUCACUAAAGAAAUGACAUGGGUCAUUUUUGAUGAGGUUCAUUACAUGAGAGAUAGAGAAAGAGGCGUUGUCUGGGAAGAGACUAUUAUUCUCCUUCCUUCUACAGUGAAAUAUGUAUUCCUCUCAGCCACUAUUCCAAACGCUAGAGAGUUUGCAGAAUGGAUCUGCACUAUAAAGAAGCAGCCAUGUAAUGUGGUCUACACUGAUUUUAGACCAGUCCCGCUUGAGCAUUACAUUCAUCCUUCUGGGGGUAGUAAUUUACAUCUUGUAGUUGAUAGAGAAGGAGUUUUCAGAGAAGAAAGUUUUCAAAAUGCGGUCUCAAAAAUGGAUGCAGACAAUGACCUCGAGAAAAUGUUUGAAGCCAAAGGCAAGAAGAUCAAACGAACAACUGAGCAACAAGAGCUAAGGUCUGUUCUAAAUUUCAUCGUUUCAAGAAAUUAUGAGCCAUGUAUAGUCUUCGCAUUCAGUAAAGUUGAUUGUGAAAACCACUCGAGAAUUGUGUCAAAAUGAGAAUAUACUACUAAAGAAGAAAAAGAAAAUAUUGAGAAAAUUUUUAAUGCUGCAGUAGAGUCUUUGGCAGAAGAAGACCAAGAUUUGCCUCAAAUAAAAGGGCUCCUCCCUCUCUUGGCCAAAGGAAUCGGAGUACACCACGGAGGACUUCUGCCCCUUGCCAAAGAAAUUGUUGAGAUCCUGUUUCAAGAAGGAUUAAUAAAGGUCUUGUUUACCACAGAAACAUUUUCAAUGGGAAUCAAUAUGCCUGCCAGAACAGUUGUCUUCACAAGCAUUGAGAAAUAUGAUGGAGAACAAUACAGAUGGCUUAGUGGAGGAGAAUACAUCCAGAUGUCAGGAAGAGCAGGAAGAAGAGGACUUGACAGCAAGGGUGUCUGUAUCUUAAUGGCCAACAAAUAAAAUGGAGCCUCAUGUUGCCAAGAGUAUUCUAAAAGGGAAAGCGAAUCCUUUAUACUCUUCAUUCCACCUAAAGUACAACAUGCUAUUAAACUUAAUGAAGUUACAGGAUUACAAGCCUGAGUUUCUGAUCAAGAGGUCCUUUAAGCAAUUUCAGAAUGACAAAGGAACUCCUCAGGCGAAGGAAAGACUAUCAGAACUAGAGAAAGAAAUCAAAGGCAUUAAAAUUAAGAAGCAUGAAGAAAUCCAAGAGUAUUUUGACAUUAAGAAACAAAUUGCCAGCUUUAUGGAUGCUAGCAGAGAAAUCUAUCAGAAAGAAGAACAUGUCAUUGCUUUCUUAGUGCCUGGGAGGCUUAUCCACCUUAAAGAUACGAAGAACAACAUUGACUGGGGAUGGGGGAUAGUCGUAAAUUUCACUAGGAGAAGAAUCAGUGUGAAAUCCAUCCUUAAACCUGACGGCUCUGGGUCUAUGAAGAAAGAAGGAAUAGUCGAUAUUGAUGAAAACAAGCCCGUUCUUAUCAUAGAUGUCUUGAUAUACGUCCAGAAGAGAAUGGAAGGGAAUGAAAUCCGCCCAGGAGACUUAAAGAAGAAAAAUGGCAUGCUAGGGAUCGUUCCAGUUAUGCUCCCUUGUGUUUAUGACCUUAGCAAAGUCCAAAUGAAAGUAGUCAACGAUCUUAAUGACAGGAACAAUGUUAAAAGAAUGGAGAAGUUCUACUUUGAGCUGAUGAAAAGAUUUGAUUGGUGCCCUCCUUCAUUGGAUCCAAUCAAAGAGAUGAUGAUAGAUGAUCCUAAGUUCUCUGAAUAUCUUGAUAAGAUUGAAGUUCUUGAAGACAGUUUGAAUCAGAUGGAAUCAGUAAAUGAGGAAGAAAUACAAAAAUUUCUUAGAAAAGAGCAGCUGAAGAAAGAGUACAACGAGCUAAGCAAGAAGGCUCUUAAUAUAGGAGCGAUGGUUAAUGUGGAAGACUUGACUAAGAUGAGAAGAGUCCUGAGAAGACUAGACUAUAUCAGAGAAGACGAAGUCCUUAAGGUCAAAGGAAAUGUUGCAAGCGAGAUCAGUGCUUCAGAUGAAAUUAUUCUCACAGAACUUCUAGUUAACGGAAAUUUGCAUAAUCUUGAACCAGAAUGCAUUGCUGCAAUAUGUAGCUGUUUAGUUUUUGACGAGAGCAAAAAUAAUCAUGUAGAACCAAAGCAUCCGAUUCUUGCCGAAGCCUAUGGAAGACUCUCUGCAAUUAUCAAGAAGGUUGCAGCAGUGAUGGUAGAAUGCAAAAUAGACAUCGAUGAAGAAGAGUACAUCAAUAGUUUCAAACCAGAUCUUGUCGAUAUUACUUACAAAUGGUGUAAAGGAAAGAAAUUUGAAGAAAUAUGUAAUAUGACUGAUGCUUAUGAAGGAUCCAUAAUCAGAUGUUUUAGGAGACUUGAGGAACUACUAAAACAACUUACCUUAGUAUCAAAGAUGGAAUUAGCUAACCCUGAAUUAUAUGAAAAGUUAGAAGCAGCAAGUGACAAGCUCAAGAAAGGAAUAGUAUUUGCAUCUUCACUCUAUCUGUAAAUUUAAUUUUGAGACAUAUUUCAGCCAAUUAA